AUGGGGGAAAUAGAGCAGAAGCCAACUCCAGGAUCGCGACUGGGGGCCCCAGAGAAUUCAGGGAUCAGCACCUUGGAACAUGGACAGAAGCCGCCUCCAACACCUUCCGGAAAACUCAUGUCCAUCAAAAUCCAAAUGCUGGAUGACACCCAGGAGGCGUUUGAAGUUCCACAAAGAGCCCCGGGGAAAGUGUUGCUGGAUGCGGUGUGCAACCACCUCAACCUCGUGGAGGGCGACUAUUUUGGCCUUGAGUUUCCUGACCACAAGAAGAUCACGGUGUGGCUGGAUCUCUUAAAACCCAUUGUCAAGCAGAUUAGAAGGCCAAAGCAUGUUGUUGUUAGGUUUGUGGUGAAAUUCUUUCCACCUGACCACACUCAACUCCAAGAAGAACUCACAAGGUACCUGUUUGCCCUGCAAGUGAAGCAGGACCUGGCUCAGGGCAGGCUGACGUGUAACGACACCAGCGCUGCCCUCUUGAUCUCACACAUUGUCCAGUCCGAGAUUGGGGAUUUUGAUGAAGCAUCGGACAGAGAACACUUAGCAAAAAAUAAGUACAUACCUCAGCAAGACGCACUAGAAGACAAAAUUGUGGAAUUUCACCAUAGCCACGUUGGACAAACACCCGCAGAAUCGGAUUUCCAGCUCUUGGAGAUUGCCCGGAAGCUGGAGAUGUACGGGAUCCGGUUGCACCCGGCGAAGGACAGGGAAGGUACCAAGAUCAACCUGGCGGUUGCGAACACAGGAAUUCUCGUGUUUCAGGGCUUCACAAAGAUUAAUGCCUUCAACUGGGCGAAGGUGCGGAAGCUGAGCUUCAAGAGGAAGCGCUUUCUCAUCAAGCUCCGCCCUGAUGCGAAUAGCUCGUACCAGGACACCUUGGAAUUCCUCAUGGCCAGCCGUGAUUUUUGCAAGUCCUUCUGGAAAAUCUGUGUUGAACAUCACGCGUUUUUUAGACUUUUUGAAGAGCCCAAACCAAAGCCAAAGCCUGUUCUUUUCAGUCGAGGGUCAUCGUUUCGGUUCAGCGGCCGGACUCAGAAGCAGGUUCUCGACUACGUUAAAGAAGGAGGACAUAAGAAAGUGCAGUUUGAAAGGAAACACAGCAAGAUUCACUCCAUCCGAAGCCUUGCUAUGCAGCCCACGGAGCCGAAUUCGGAAGUGCCAAAACAAGCUCAGCAGAGGGCCAGCCUCACUCCCGGGGAAGGUGCUGAAUCCCCAGGCGGCCAGAGCUGCCAGCCAGCAAAGGAACGGAAAGUGUCCACCGAGGAGUGCGGGCCGCGCCAGAGCCCGGCUCUGCAGAAGAGCCCGGCGGGUCACCAGCGGGCCGGUGUGGCCGUGGAGGCGGCAGCGGCGGUGGCGGAGGAAGAGGAGGAGGCUGCCAAGGACAGGACGCAGCAGAGUAAACCUCAGCCCCCGCAGCCAAGCACAGGCUCCCUGACUGGUAGCCCUCACCUUUCAGAGCUGUCCAUCAACUCGCAGGGAGGAGCGGUUCCUGCCAGCGUGAUCUUGUCUCCCAACCUGAGCCCCGACACCAAGCAGGCCUCCCCCUUGGUCAGCCCGCUGCUGAACGACCAGCCGUGCCCACGGACCGACGAGGAGGAGGAAGGCCGGAGAAAGCGAUUCCCAACUGACAAAGCAUACUUCAUCGCUAAGGAAGUGUCCACCACGGAGCGAACGUAUCUGAAGGACCUUGAAGUCAUCACCUCGUGGUUUCAGAGCGCAGUGAGCAAGGAGGACUCCAUGCCCGAAACACUAAAAAGUCUCAUAUUCCCAAACUUUGAACCUUUGCACAAAUUUCAUACAAAUUUUCUCAAGGAAAUCGAGCAACGACUAGCCCUGUGGGAAGGCCGCUCCAAUGCCCACAUCCGAGGAGAUUACCAAAGAAUCGGGGACGUCAUGCUGAAGAACGUGCAGGCCAUGAAGCAACUGGCCGUGCACCUGUGGAAGCACGGCGAGGCCCUGGAGGCGCUGGAGACCGGCAUCCGGAGCUCCCGGCGGCUGGAGAACCUGUGCCGAGACUUCGAGCUGCAGAAGGUGUGCUACCUGCCGCUCAACACCUUCCUCCUGCGCCCGCUGCACCGGCUCAUGCACUACAAGCAGGUCCUGGAGCGGCUGUGCAAGGACAACCCGCCCAACGAGGCCGACUUCAGGGACUGCCGAGCGGCGUUGGCGGAGAUCACGGAGAUGGUGGCCCAGCUCCACGGUACGAUGAUCAAGAUGGAGAACUUCCAGAAGCUGCACGAACUCAAGAAAGACUUGAUUGGCGUCGACAAUCUUGUGAUCCCAGGAAGGGAAUUCAUUCGCCUGGGAAGCCUCAGCAAGCUCUCCGGGAAGGGGCUGCAGCAGCGCAUGUUUUUCCUGUUCAACGACGUCCUGCUGUACACAAGCCGGGGUCUGACCAUCUCGAAUCAGUUCAAAGUGCACGGGCAGCUCCCGCUCUAUGGCAUGACCAUCGAGAGGAGCGAAGAUGAGUGGGGCGUGCCCCACUGCCUCACGCUGCGGGGCCAGCGCCAGUCCAUCGUCGUGGCCGCCAGCUCCCGGGCCGAGAUGGAGAAGUGGGUGGACGACAUACAGAUGGCCAUCGACUUGGCCGAGAAGAGCAGCGGCCCCUCCCCCGAGUUCCUCGCCAGCAGCCCCCCGGACAACAAGUCCCCCGACGAGGCCUCGGGGGCCGACCAGGAGUCCGAGGACGACCUCAGCGCCUCCCGCACCUCGCUGGAGCGCCAGGCCCCGCACCGCGGCAACACCAUGGUGCACGUGUGCUGGCACCGCAACACCAGCGUCUCCAUGGUGGACUUCAGCGUGGCCGUGGAGAACCAGCUGUCUGGGAACCUGCUGAGGAAAUUCAAAAACAGCAACGGGUGGCAGAAGCUGUGGGUGGUGUUCACCAACUUCUGCCUGUUCUUCUAUAAGUCACACCAGGACAAUCACCCCCUGGCCAGCCUGCCCCUGCUGGGCUACUCGCUCACCAUCCCCUCCGAGUCCGAGGACAUCCACAAGGACUACGUGUUCAAGCUGCACUUCAAGUCCCACGUGUACUACUUUCGGGCUGAGAGUGAAUACACGUUUGAGAGGUGGAUGGAGGUGAUCCGAAGUGCCACCAGCGCGGCCUCCCGUGCCCACUCUCUGAGUCACAAAGAAUCCCACGUGUACUGA